AUGGCCGACGACGCCGCCCCACCGCCGCCGCCGCCGCCGCCCGCGACCUUCAGUUCCUUCAUCAACAAGAACACAUCGGCCAAGAAGUUUGCUCCCAAGGCCGCCCGCAGACGGCCAGCUGCUGCUGCUGCUGCUGCUGCCGCCGGCCCCACAGCUGCCUCUGCCGCCGGCCCCGCAGCCACUUCCGCACCCUCGGCCGAGUUUUUGAGCGCCCCCGCCGCGCCGCUGCCCACGCCAGCACCCACCCAGGCGCCCCUCCAGCCACUGUCUCCUGCAGCCGCCGCCGCGUCUUGGAGCGCUGCUGUCCCUACCACACAAGACGCUUCACCUCCCGCGACCGCUGCACCUGAAGCACCAGCACCCAGUCCGCCACAGCAACAGCCACAGCCACAUGCAGCACCAGAGAUCCAACACGUCCAGACCCAACACGUCCAGGCCCAACACAUUCAAACCCAACACGCCCACACCCACACCCACACCCACCACGUCCCACAGCCUCUCAAAGAUGACAUCGACGCGGGAAGAUCACCCAAGAGGAGGCGCGUCGAGUCGCCCUCGCGCCAGAGCGCACCCAUGGUCCCCGUAGCUGUCAUGCUUCCCCCACAGCCUGAGACCGCAUUUACCACCACCACCGAUGCAACCCCUCCUGUCGAGACAGUACCUACCACCACCACCGAUGCAACCCCUCCUGUCGAGAUAGUACCUACCACCACCACCGAUGCAACCCCUCCUGCCGAGACCGCAUCUACGACCACCACCGAUGCAACGCCCCCUGUCGAUACAGCCCCUACCCAGCAGAAGCGCGGGCGGAGGACGUUGCCGUGGACAGCCGUCAAUCACCCACAAGACGAGGGCGGCGAGGCCAGUGGCGCUGCCGAGCCACCCGCAAAGAAGAAGCGCGCGCCACCCAAACCCCGAGCCGAGAAGAACGCACCCGAGGCGGCCGCAGAAGGAGAGGCACAGGAGGACGGUGACGAGGACGAGGACGAGGCAGAGCCCACAGAAUCACGACUCAGCGCCAGAGCGACUGGAAAGCGGACGGCACAUGUCCAAGACGACCAAGACGACCAAGACGGCGAACCAGCCGCGCCCCCAUCCAAGAAGCCGCGAAAACCGAGCAAGGACAAGGGGAAGGAGCGGGCUGAGGAAGCAGAGCUCGCCGAAGGACAAGGUGACCAAGACGGCGACGCGCCUGCCAAACCCAAACGCAAGCCGCGCGCGCCAAAGAAGAGAAAGACAGCCCUUGCUGCAGCCAAACACGGCUCAGAGGAACCAAAGCGUAGAGGUCGACCUCCCCGUGAAGACACGCCGUCCGACGCCGAAGAACAGAUCAUCGACCCAGACAUGAUGUGCAUGGACGACCUGGCAUCGCGCAACAUCCGCGUAGGCAAGCUCUCGCGCCGCGAGAAAGAGAUGCGCAAGAUCGACUGGGAAGCCGUCAAAGAGCGCCGCCGCGAAGAAGAUGCUCGCCACAUCUCCACAAAGGAAACCCAAGCCGCCGUCGACAAGCUCCUUGAAUCUGGCCAAGUCGAGCCGACCCCGACUGGACCCCGCUACCAUGUCGUGGACGGCCGCAUCGAGCUCAUUCAAGAUUCGGGCACCAUUGACCGCGAGCGCGACGCCGAUCGCGAAAUCGACGCUAUGCUCAUCACCGAGGAGGACGACCUUACUACACGCAUCACAAAUCGCAGCUUCAUGAAGAACAACAAGCGGUUCCCCAACGAAUUCGUGCUUCCUGGACAGGGCAAGAGGUGGAACCAUCAAUCCACGGAUAUCUUCUACCAGGGACUGCGCUCUUUCGGCACCGACUUUCAAAUGAUAGCGCACAUGUUCCCUGGUAUGACGCGCCGCAGCAUCAAAACAAAGUUCACACGCGAGGAACGCGAGAACCCGGAGAUUGUGCGCGAUUGUCUGCGCGGCAAGUCCGAACUGGCCUCCCACUGGGACCAUUUCCUCGCCGCCUCCCAGAUGGAAGAAGAAUCCUUCGCCGAUGCCGACGCCAUCAAGCGCGAUCUCGAGGAGGAAGAGGCGCGCAUGCGUGAGCAGAUCAACGAAGCCCUGAAAGAAAAGGAGGAGCGCGAGAAGCAGAAGAAACUCGCCGGAUUGACCGAUGACGGCGACGGCGCGGCUGACAACCAAAACGGCAAGGGCAAGAAGAAGAGGAAGCAAAAGGACAAGACGGUCACUUUCCAGGAGGAGGGUGUGGAGAUUGUGGGCGAGGUGGAUGACGAUCCGAACUGGGGGCAGGAGUGA